AGUGACGACCAUAACUAAAAGCGUGACGAACGGUGGCACGAAAAUACAACAAGGAAGUGGACAUUUACUGAAAAGGAAACCUAUACAGAUUGCAAACAUCGCCAACUUCAAAGUUAUUUUGUUCAUUUGUUAAGUGUCGGGGGGUAUAGUCAUCUUGGACUUGCCCAGAAGCCCGUUGCUGUUAUUGUGAGUCCCGAUUCCAGAAGCAAUGAACACUGACGUGGAAUUUCACAUUAGGCAGAAUUAUCCGUGGAACAAGCUACCAGCAAAUGUCAAACAGAGCCUGGGAAAUUCGCAGCGAGAAUAUGAGAAGCAUGUUUUGCUGUACAGUAUUCGGAAUCAACUACGAUUCCGCAAUAACCUAGUGCGACACGUGAGGAAGGAUGAAAGAAAGUAUUACGAGGAACUACUCAAGUACAGCAGGGAUCACCUGAUGCUGUACCCCUACCAUCUGUCUGACAUCAUGGUGAAAGGCCUGAGGAUCACUCCCUUCUCCUACUACAUAGGAAUCAUGGAGGACAUAAUGAACAGCGAGAAAAGUUACGACUCCCUGCCUAACUUCACUGCUGCUGACUGUCUAAGGCUGAUGGGCAUAGGAAGAAACCAGUACAUUGACCUGAUGAACCAGUGCAGGUCCUCCAAAAAAUUCUUCCGUAGGAAAUCGGCUCGAGACCUACUUCCCUCCAAGCCUGUGGAGAUCUCUGUGGAAACCUGGUGGGUGGCGCAGACAGGAUACAUCACCGAGGACGACAUCAGGAUCUGCUCCACGGCAGAAAGGAAGGCCAUCGAUAAGAUGAUCGAUUCAGGACCUCAGCUGGCUGGAUCAAUGGAGUACAACGUAGUUCUUAGUCUAUACAACAGAGGCUACAUCUACUUAGAUGUGCCCAUAUCUGAUGACAGCUGCAUCUCAGUGCCCCCUCUUGAAGGGUUUGUGAUGAACAGAGUCCAGGGUGAUUAUUUUGAGACUCUGCUCUACAAAAUAUUUGUCUCCAUUGACGAGCAGACAAACGUAUCAGAGCUUGCAAACGUGCUGGAGAUUGACUUGGGUCUAGUGAAGAAUGCAGUGUCCAUGUACUGUCGACUGGGUUUUGCCCUGAAGAAGGGACAUGCGUUCAGUUCGGACCUACUCCACCCCACCUGGAAAAGUGCCCCCUCAGUCAACAGACUAAAGACAACCAUGGACCCCCAGAAAAUGCUUCUGUCAUGGGAGCAGGGCAGCCCGGUCAUGGAGGGGGGUUCCUCGGCCACAGACACUGACACCACCAGCCUGGAGGACCAAGACACAGCCAGCGUGGGCAGCCUAAGCGCCCCGGCUCCGCCCACCAAGAGAAUCGCCUUCCUGUUCGACUCCACCCUCACCGCCUUCCUCAUGAUGGGCAACCUGUCGCCUAACCUAAAGAGCCAUGCGGUGACUAUGUUCGAGGUGGGGAAGCUGUCGGACGAGACCCUGGACAGCUUCCUGGCUGAGCUGGAGAAGGUGGAGAGCACAGCAGAGGGGGAGGCCCAGAGAUACUUUGACCACGCGCUGACCCUCAGGAACACCAUCCUCUUCCUGCGAUACAACAAGGAGCUCGCCUUCGACCAGGGGCCUGACAUGCCCAACAUCGGCCUUCCCCUAGACCUGCUUCGCUGUGAGAGUCUACUGGGUCUGGACCCGGCAACCUGCAGCCGAGUCCUCAACAAGAACUACAAACUGCUGGUCUCCAUGGCGCCGCUCAGCAACGAAAUCCGGCCAAUCAGCAGCUGCACGCCCCAGCACAUCGGCCCAGCCAUCCCUGAGGUGGGCUCCAUCUGGUUCAAACUCUACCUGUACCAUGUGACUGGCCAGGGCCCGCCCUCUCUGCUGCUGUCCAAGGGCUCUCGCCUCCGGAAGCUUCCAGACAUCUUCCAGGUUUACGACAGGCUGCUGAUCACUUCCUGGGGUCAUGACCCUGGCGUGGUCUCGACCUCCAACGUGCUCGCUAUGCUUAAUGACGCCCUGACCCACUCUGCUGUCCUCAUCCAGGGUCACGGCAUACAGGGGCACGGAGACACCAUCCAUAUUCCCUUCCCCUUCGACCAAGACGACCUGAAAGGAGAGUACUCCACCUCCAACAUGUGCGUGCACAAGGCUCUGCUGACUUUGAGGGAGCAGGUGGACCUGGAGCACCAGUGCGGCUACGUCACCAUGCUCAACCCCAACAACAGGCACCGUCGCAGGGGCAGCGACGCCAACGACUGCAGGGGUGACACUCACCUUGGUGGGGGCUUUGACACCAACGGUAGCACCGAGUCUUUUGAGCUGGUCACAGAGGAGAACGGCGAGGGCAAAGGGAAGGGGUCAGAAGGUAGGUCCUCAGGGUCUUUCAGCGAGGAUGAGUGGGUCCCUCUGGAGUUGUGUUUUGGGAUGCCUCUCUUCAGCUCGGAGCUCAACCGCAAAGUGUGUCGGAAGAUUGCCUCCCACAAGCUCUGUGGCAGAGACAGCCUUCAAGAGUUACUUUACUCCAGCCGGAAGCUGUCGCUGAAGGUCUUGAGUUUUGUUCAGUCGUUCCAGGACGGCAGUCAGCCUGCAGCAGACCCAGACAGCGGGGUGUCGGGUCCUCUCAGCCAGCCCCCUGCGGAGAGCGGCGUGCCCCUGCCUGCCCUCAACCUGCUCUUCAAGGACGGCACACUGAGGGAGUGGUCUGGCCGGGCCCCGCCUCCUCUACACAUCUCCGCCCUGCAGAAGGACCAACCAGCCUAAGUCCCGCGUCCCCGCACAUCACGAAGGAACUCCUGCCCACACGAAACCCCGCCCCCUGCUUCCACGCCUGCCUGUAAGAUCACACCCGUCGCCCUCCUGGCUACGACCGUCACGCGCCCCUCCGCCAGUCCUGUCCAGUCCAUUACCCCGAAGGAACAGCCCUCAUCAACACCAACCCCCUCAAGCCACUACAGUACGUGAUUGCUUGUGUUUAUAUAAAGCCAGUGUGAACUUUGCUGUGGCGUUGCUAGCCCGGUCUGUGAUGGUCUGUUCAAGUGGUACUGGUGUAACAACUGAACCUGACAACGUUUAAAAAAACGAAAUGGACCCAACUGAAACGAGCAGUAUUUUUGGCAGAUGUCACACAGUACCACAAAGUGUACGAUAUCAAUGGAUGUUUUUCUGUAUCUUGCCUAAAUACUCAGUUUGUUUGAUGUUCUCGACAACAAAAAAGAAUCACAAAUUAACCUCGACACUGACUGACCAGUGUCAAAAGACUCUUUUGGGAAACCUGGUUAAAGAUAUAUAGGAUCAAUCCUGUAACCGGAACAGGCAUCUCACUCACUCUCUGCCCCCACACACACACACCCAUUCAGUGAUCUGUUGCAUGAUUCCUUUGCACACCUAUUUAACGAACUGCCUUGUUUGCGCAUUGAAGUUCUAGAAAAGACAACAUCGUUUUUUUUCCUUUUAUUUGCACUUUGUGGUGCCAUACCCUGUGGAUAAAUAUAAUGUGUACAGUACGUAACAUAACAGCCUGAAGAGAAUAUACUGCAUAUGAAUAUGCAGGCCUACCAUUUCCUCAUAGAGAACCAGUAUGUACCAAUAUAAGGAGUUUUACUUUUUACAAUUUUACUUGCUGUGUUAUGUGCAUGGUUUCCAGAGAUCUUGGCUGCCAGUAGGUGGUGUUUUGUUCUAGAACACAGCAGUGAUAGGUUACGGUGUGACCUGAUGAACCUCUGUAUAAUCACUGCAAUCUCUCUGUUUCAGGGAACACCAAAGACCAAACAUAUAGUUUUGUGUUUUUUUUAAUCUUUUAUUUUACUGCCUUAUAACGUCAUUAGCCCCAUAUCUUGUAUUGGGACGGUUCCUCCUGGGUCGAAUGUGUACUAAUACACAUUCAGGUGUGUUAGAUUAAUCUUUCCCAGCACAAUGAAACCAAUAUCCAAGGGCACACCUUUGCCAUCUCUGCAAGCAGGGCAAGUUGAAUCAAGUGCACCUAAAGUAGCAGCAAGGUUCCUCUCCUGAUCCCAGCGAUGUGCGGGGCACAGCUGGGGACUGUUGCCGUGGUCCCCCUGCUCUCCAAGGGGAUUGGUUCACAACUGUGUUGUGCAAAAAUCUUUAGAUCUGUAUCUAGACUGUGGAGCCGGGUCACACGCGAGUUACAAACACCGUUAGAUGCAGGGGGGGUGACCUUGAUUUCAUUUACCUUGUAAACAAAAGUGAUGGUGCUUGUCUGAAAAGAGACAGUUCUGAGCGAAAUCAAA